CACCGCUCCACCACCCCACCCUAAACCCUAGCCGCCGCCGCCGCCGCCGCCGCCGUAUCCAUGGAUUUCUACUCCGACGACUCCGACCCGGAAAUCGACGAGGACCUGCAGAAGGACCUCGACGCGCUGCGCCAAUCCUGCAUCCUCUCCGGGAACGACCCCGACGCCGCCAUCGCGCAGGUCUCCUCCUGCCUUGCCACCCCGGCGGCGGCGGCGAAUGGGUUGUCUGACGACGACGACGACGAGGAGGAGGGGGAGGACGAUGAUCUGGCGCUCGUCCGUAGCAUCCGGGAGAACCUCCUCCUCAACAAGGCCUCGCCCUCCUCGCCCCUGCCGCGCUCGAUCUGCGUCUGGCCGCCAUCCGACUCGGAGGACGAGGAAGACGACCUCGAGACGCUCCGCGCGAUACAACGUCGCUUCUCGCACUACCACACCGGUACCUCCAGUGGGUCAGAGAUAAACACAAAAACUGAGGCAUCAAAGGGAGGGAGUGAUAAUCUUUUUGCAAAUGAACAUGAUGACGAAUUUGAUGUGCAGACGCAAAAUAAAGAGGCAAUUACUCGAACUGGGUUUCCUAAUGCUGCCCUGUUGUUAGUCGAUGCUCUUAAGAAAAACAGAGCAUGCCAGAAGUUAAUUAGAAGGAAGAUGAUUACGAUUGAAGCAAAAAUUGAAGAAAAUAAGGAUCUAAGGGAUCGUGUAAAAUGUCUUUUGGAUUAUCAAUUAAGCUGCCGAAAAGCAUUUGGCAAAAUUUUGUGCCAAAAGGAGGAUCCUCGUGUUAGAUUGGUUUCCUCUCGGAGGCCAUGUGCGCAAUCAGCGAAGAAUAAAGAUAAGAAGACUCCUGCAUUAUUUCUUGGCCCUGCAGAUAACCCUCAUGUUUCAAAGUACAAAAUGGCACUGAAGCAAUUCCCCAUGUCGCUUCAAAAGCAACCGUGGUCAGAUGCUGAGAAAGACAAACUUGCUAAAGGAAUAAAGCAGCAAUACCAAGAAGCACUGAUUCUAGACUCGAUGAAUAAUGGAAGUUCCACUGGUGACUUCAGUGCUGUAGAUAUGGCAUAUGCACUGACGAAUACUGCUGGCAAUUUUGAGAUGACACCUGAAAGUCUCAGAUCUGUCCUGCCAUUAAUAAACUGGGAUAAAAUAGCUGCAAUGUACCUGCCUGGUCGAUCUGGUGCUGAAUGUGAAUCGAGAUGGCUAAACUGUGACGAUCCACUCAUUAAUCAUAAUGCCUGGACUGCUCGUGAGGAAAAAAGACUUUUACUAACUGUCCAACAGCAAGGGAUGAAUAACUGGAUUAACAUUGCAGUUGCAUUGGGUACUCACAGGACACCUUUCCAGUGCCUUGCUCAUUAUCAGAGAAGUCUUAAUCACUGCAUAUUGAAUAAAGACUGGUCUAAGGAAGAAGAUCUUCAACUUCAAGCAGCUGUCAACACCUUUGGUACCAACUGGCAGCUUGUGUCAGCUAGUAUGGAUGGUCGCACUGGCAAUCAGUGCUCUAACAGAUGGAGAAAAACCUUAAAUCCUGAAAGGUCAAGAGUGGGGAGAUGGUCUCUUGAUGAGGAUAAACGUCUCAUGGUAGCUGUGAAGUUGUUUGAGUCUGCCAGCUGGAAUAAGAUUGCUCAGUUCAUUCCUGGUCGCACACAGAGCCAAUGCAAUGAAAGGUGGCGCAAUGUUCUUGAUCCAGAUAUAGAUCUUGGUAAAUGGAGACCUGAAGAAGACUCCAAACUAUUGGCAUCAGUUGAUGAGUUUGGGCCUUGCUGGUGCAAGAUUGCUGGCGCGAAGAUUCCUCACCGUACUGACAAUAUGUGCCUGAGAAGAUGGAGAAGGUUAUGCAAAGAUAAAUUGCCUUCAAUUAAAGCGGCACAUCAAAUAAAGAAAGCUAUUUUUCAAUCCAACUUUGUUGACAGAGAAACAGAGCGGCCUGCCAUUGGACCCAGUGAUUUAAUGCCAAUUGUUUGCUCCAAAGUUGGUGGAAUUGGUGACAGCACUGUUAGUGCUCAAGCCAGGAAACCCCGAAAAAGUUCUAGGAUGCCAUGUGAGAACAAUAUACUGCCGAGUGACACAUUAAAUUCUUCAGCUUCUGUGAAUUUAUCUCUUUCUGAAUCUAUCGAUCCUGAGGCUGUUGUAAACACAACCACAUCAAGUUCAAGGAGGAAGUCAUCUAGUAGAUCAAAAAGUCAAUUUGAUGAAAAUCUAGCUGUGUCUGAUGAUGUCAACAAUUCUUCUAAUUGUUCGAGUGGAGCCAGGAAGAGAAAGAGAUCUGUUGCUGGCAAUAAUCAAGUUGCACAAAAGAAAAUUAGGGGGUCAAACUCUGGUGAUAAUGAAGCUGAGACAAUGGGAUGUUCUAUCAGUGUCAAUAAUGAGGUAGCUGAGAAACGCACAGCCAAGAAGCGAACAAGAAAGGUUUCUUUCUCUGGUAAAGAGGGAGAACCCAAAAAGAGAAUGAAGGGCUCUGUAUCUGGUGUCCAUGAGGGAGCAACAAAACGAAUGAGAGGUUCAAUCUCUACUGGUAAUUAUGGUGUUGUAAUGAAAAGCAAGAGAGCACCAUCAAGGAAAUCAGCCAAAGAGAACUCAAAAGCAGACAGCAUGACUGAGGGGUCUGUGGACAAAUAUUCCACAUCCACACGUCUUGCUGAUUGCAUGCCCUUCACCCGAAUAAAUGGACCGAGCAGGGUUGCAAGUCACUUAUGUGUGAGUGUUGGGCCAUUAAGCAACAUGGUCCAUUCAAAUGGACCUUCUAAUGACAUGUCAGCUAUCGCCAUUUCUUCUGGACCAGAUCCCACUUAUGUUGAGAGCAGCAGCAUUGCUUAAACUUCUGAUGAUUAUCAGAAAUCAAUCCUCAAAACUUAUGCGAAUGUGGUAUUCCUAUCAUUAUUCACAGGCGCGAUUUCUUGAAGUGGGAGUAUGGGAUACAUGGGAAAGUUUGCAUAUUCAAAGGAGGGGCACGGUACCCAAUCAGCUGAAGCUGGUUCGUCUCUAUAUGCUCUGUCAGAUUGCAAAUGAACAGCAGCAUGAUCUCAGUAGUUCCUGGGCGGUCCUUAUCUAAGGAAUGAUCAUAAAACACAACCAGCGUUCCUGGAUGUGAUCCGUUGUUACUGAACCAGUCCACAGGUAGUUGUAAGUAGAUGUUAACUAGGCACAUACUGUAGGACUGCACUCUGACUCGAGGAACAAUAACCACUUACUUGCCAUAGAAAACCAUUUUGUGCCAUACUGGUACUCCAUUUUGUAUUCCAGUGGAGGUAUAAAGUUGGUAUAAAUUUUGUAAAUUGAUAUCUGGAGAGUUGGGUAGCUCAUUUACGGUUGGUGUUCGGUACAUCGUGGGUAUGACCCAUGGUAGGGUAUGGAUUGUAACUUCCUAUCUGGAUAGAUGGCAACUCAUUUCGGGUUGGUGUUCGGUACUUAUUCCAUAUGGUACCUGGACGUGGGUGGUUCAUCUGAUUCUGAAAACAAUGGCAUUUUCAUUGGUUGGGAGAUCGCACUUUUCUCUUAUUUGUAUAAUAGUAGCAGUUAAUUUCGUUGAUGUCAAGCCUGUACUGUACACCAACCUGUGUGUCAGUUCAUUAACAUUUCUGGUCGGUUGAUGAUGACCGGACGCACGGAUCUCUCUAUUUAAUGACAAGCUGAAUAUCUGCAGCCUGGUUCC